AUGGCAAAUAAUUCAACAACCCAAAGGUUACAAGAAAAAUGGGAAAAAAUCACGCUUAGAUUCUUUAGAAAUCAUGCAAAUAGGCAAAAGUUAUUAGAAACGGUCGCCUUUUUAGAUGAAAGCGAAGGGGUUCUUAGAUCCAAUAAUAUUCCAAUAAAUCGUUUAAGAGGCUUGAUAGAAAGAUCAGGUAGAUCGUUGAUAACACGAAACAUUCGAAAAAUUACUCAUAAUGUUAUUUAUGCUCAAUAUUUCAUUUGUCCUCCACCAUUUAUCCAAGUUGAAAGGGCAUUCAGCAAUCACGUUCAAUAUCGAUUCGUCAUUGUCUUCCCACAUCAAUUUAAUCAACCUGAAGUAUUAAAUAUAGCAGACGCUGCAGUCAUAUAUGAUCAACCAUUUCCUAUCACUUUUGAAGACCUCAGAAGAAUGCCUCGUUUAGAAUUUAAUUUAUCUACCCAGGAUGUGCCAAUUCUUAAAGAAGUACACUUGCUGCGUAUUAUUCGACUUAGUAUCUUAGAACCAGUAUCAGUUUUGUUAAAUACAAUUUUUUCAAGAGGGGUAUUUAAAGGGGUAACUCUUUUGGAAGAAGAGUCAAUCAAUCAUGUUAUACCAGAUUUCCUCUUUAAGUUGAAAACUAGCACGGCUGACUAUUAUCUUCCAUUAGAAAUAAAAUUAGGAAAUUUUGAUAUAGUUUUGGAAAAUAGUAGAAAUGGUAAUUUCAGCCAGUUAGCUCCAUUAGCUGCCCAAUGCUGCUCACAGACCUUCACGACAUAUAGUCCUAUGUCGAUACUAAUUACACAAAAGUAUAUAGUGGUUUUUCAAAUUCCAUUUGACCUUGAAAGAGGUGAUUAUACUGUUUUGGGUGGUCAAUACUUCGAUGGAUUAUCAAGGAUUCAAAAAUUAUUCUACAAUAGAAGUGACACAAGCGAUGAACAUAAUUUGGCAGCAACAUAG